CGAAGAAGUUCUGCAGGUCCGCAGCUUUCCGUCGACGAUGUUUUCCAAAUUGUUUAGGAAUUUACAUUAGGACGUUAUUUUAUUAUUUUUCUAUUUAAAUAAUAAGAGUAAAAUAUUAAUUUAAUUUUACGUAAUUUGGGAUAUGGACGAGUUUUCUAUUUCUUUUUAUUAACGGUAAUGGAAUUGGACUAAAAAAUAAAAAUCGUUACUGCUGUCAGUCGCAGUAAAAAUAACUUUAGGUUAUGCUUAUUCCUGUGACUUUCGUUUGUGAUAAGAGACACAAAUAUGGAACCAGACAUCUUUGCACUAGUUUUGGAUACACUCAAUAGAGCUACCAGCCAGAAUACAGAUAUACUUAAACCAGCUGAGAAGAAGUUAGAAGAAUGGGAGAUUGAACCUGGCUUCUAUUCUGUUCUCCUGAAUGUGCUAUCAAACCAUUCAGUAGAUGUACAUGUCCGUUGGUUAGCUGUUAUGUGUUUUAAGAAUGGUGUAGACAGAUAUUGGCGUCGCAAUGCACCACAUGCUAUAUCAGAUGAAGAAAAGAUUAAGUUAAGACAGGGGCUCCUCAAUUCAAAUGUUUUGAAUGAGCCUGUUGCCCAAAUAGCAACUCAAGAAGCAGUGCUUAUUGCCAAAAUUGCAAGGUUCGACUGCCCAGAAAAUUGGCCAAAUUUAAUACCGGAUUUGAUAGGGGCACUAAAGGCACCACAGUCCUUAGUACAACAUAGGUCAUUGUUGAUAUUCCACCAUGUUGUUAAGGCCCUAGCUUCUAAGCGACUUCUUGUUAGUAAGAAGAAAUUUCAGGAGCUUACAAGCACAGUCUAUGGUUUUAUAUUAAAUCUAUGGCAUGAGAAUACAGAAAUAUUUCUUCGGCACAUACAAGAAGGGGUGGCCACAGAGGUGAUAACAGAACAUUUAGAGAAGGCAUUAUUAUGUUUGCGAGUGCUAAGAAAACUUACAGUAUUUGGAUUUAAAAAAGCACAUGACAGCCAAGAUGCUAUUGCCUUUUUGAAUGUUGUAUUUGAUAGAGCUAAGACCAGUUUAGAGUGUAGGAAACUUCUAAAGGGAAGAGGUAUUUACCUCUUGGAAUUGUGCGAAAAGUUUAUUAUACACUUGACAAAAGUCGCCCUGGGCGUGCUAUCCUUCCACCCGUUCUCCUAUGUGCAACUUAUACGACCCUCGUUGGAGUUCGCCCUCUACUACUGCUUUACUGAGCAGGGCAUGUCGCUCGCGUAUGAGAGAUUUACAAUACAAUGUUUGAAUAUUGUUAAGGGAAUACUUCAGUGUUUGGAGUUCAAGCUUCCGAAGGGGGAUCAAGCGACGGCUACUAUAACACUCCACGCCCACCAAAUAAAAUCAGAAGUCCUAAACGAGAACACUGUAUGUCAUAUGUGUAGACACCUGGUUACCCAUUACUUCCUACUUAGUUCUGAUGACCUGGCACUUUGGGAUGCCGAACCUGAAAGCUUCGCUACCGACGAGGCAGGAGAGUCUUGGAAAUACAGUUUGAGACCAUGUACUGAAGCAGUAUUCAUGGAACUCUUCCAUGAGUAUCGUUCAAUACUGGCCCCGGAACUUGUGAGAUUGCUGGCGUCAUCACAGGAAACCGCUGUCUCCUCGGAAGACUUACCCAACAUAUUGAAGAAAGAUGCCAUAUACAAUGCUGUUGGGCUUGCUGCGUUUGAUUUGUAUGACGAUGUUGACUUUGACGAAUGGUUCACCAAUGUUCUUAGCCGAGAACUGAAAAUUCAAGAUAAUAAUUAUAGGAUAAUUAGAAGAAGAGUGUGUCAAUUGAUCGGUCAAUGGUGCGGAGUACGCGCAUCGCAGUCUCUGCGACCAGCGAUGUACGAAGCGCUACUAGAACCCCUCACCCGGUCAGAUGAAGACCCGGCGGUUAAACUAGCUGCCGCGGAAGCCCUGCGGAGUACGAUUGAUGAUUUCAACUUCCAAGUGGAACAGUUCGCGCCAUACGCUCCUCAUGCACUAGCUGCGCUUUAUGAUCUCCUGGUGGAGUCCGAAGAGUGCGACACAAAAAUGCACGUCCUACACGUAAUAUCGUACGUGAUGGAGCGGUGCGGCGCGAUGGUCAGUCGCGAACGGGGAGUUGUAGCGCUAUUUUCGUAUUUGCCGCAGUUAUGGCAACACGCGGCCUCACAUCAUAUGCUUAAAGCGGCUGCGUUGGCCGCUGUUGUGCACCUUGUGAAGGCGGUAGGGGAGUGCGCAGAUAGCAUUCGGCCGUGGAUCCUAUGUGUCGUCAACGAAUCCACGAGGCUCAACGAGCCAGCACACGUUUAUUUGUUGGAAGAUGCACUGGAGUUAUGGCUAGCUGUAUUGGAAGCCACGGAAACUCCGGAUCCCCAGUUAUUGGACUUAGCGAAGAAUCUCUAUCCUAUAAUUGAAACGUCAUCGGAACACCUCCGUAUAGUUGUGUACAUAAUGCAAGCGUAUGCAUUACUAUGUCCCGAGGAAUUUUUCUCAUGCGAAGGAGGGAAAUGUAUGGCCUUAUUGGACGAUAUGUUGAGCGAUAUGCGGACGGAGGGUGUGAUCGCUGCGCUCAAAAUGGCGGAGAUAUGCGUCAGUGUGGUUUACCCGGAAAGGAAUCCGUAUUUGGGCGUGGAAGUUAUCUGGCCUAUUUUGAAAAGAGUUGUUUACUGUUUAAUAGAGAAAGACGACCUCCAAAUGGUGUUUUCCGUCGAACUGUGUCUUCUGUCCCGCGUGAUACUGCUGUCGACAGAUCUCUUCUACAAAGCAGUGCAAGAAGCGGCUAAGAGUCUUCCGGAAUACGAUUCGGAUCCUGUUAAAGUGUUGAAUAAAUUACUUCAUGUUUGGACUGAAAAAAUGAACUGUAUCAUGAAGGUUGAGAGGUGGAAAGUCGUCGGUUUAGGUUUAGCUGCCUUAUUGACAACGCAGAACUCCACAGUAUUACAACUAUUUCCUGCAAUUCUUCUCAAUUUAGCUGAAGUCUUAAAUGAUGUUAUGAAAAUGGAAGAUGGCGGCACUUAUGUCGACGGUCUACUCGCACCGCCUGGUUCUCGGCCUGCGUCUCCGUUAGAAGGGCGCGGGGGUGCGGCUCGAUGGGAAGGAGGGGAGGAAGCGGCAGUGAGUAAUGUGCGCACGCCACAUGAGACUCGGAGGCGCAGGCUUGCAGCCGCGCAUCCCGCGCAUGCGCUGGACUUACGCGCAGUGAUACACCAUCAGCUACAAACAUUGAAAAACCAAGUUGGUCCAGAAGCAUAUGAGCGUCUUCUGCAAUCUACGCACAAGGACAUACUGAAACAGCUUCGAGAGUACAUACCAUUAUAAACUCCUAUAAACUUUCCUUUCUUUAUAAUCUACUAAAGGACUACAUUUUACGGGUCAUUACAAUACAAUAAUACGUUAAAACAUACAUACGUUACAAUUACGUACUAAAAAAUUGUUAUCUGUAAAGUCGGUUUACGGACGUUAGUUUAACGUGACAACGUCUUAAAAUUAUUGCAUACUUUAGUCUUCGAGUGGAAGAGAGAAGCGUACAAUAAGCGUAACGGGACAAUGCGUCUGAUUUUUCGUACGAGCAGAAGGCAUUUAUCGAUUUAUUAGACGUUGUCACGUCAAAAUGUUCCGUAAAUAGAAUACAUAUAAGAAAAGACCGUGCGUAAGCAUUUUCUUAAUAACUUCAGAAUUAUUGUUGUCCUAAAUGUUUUGACUUCAAUAUAUUUUACAUAUUGUAUAUCCCCACCAUUGGUCACGGUUUUAAUUGUUAUUUAAAUUUUUGUUACUUGUAUUGAAUAAAGACAUUUUUUAAUGGGUUGUCGUAACUAAGAUUUUCUAGUUGUUACAAAAUUGUCAGCAUGAACCCAUUUUUGCGACUUUAAUGGAAUUAUAAUUUUUUUAACUAUU